AAUACAUUUAUUUAGAGUAAUUUACACAUUUAUGCCAUACUUACUGACGAAGUGAGCUCAAACGAUCGCUCACCCUCGUUUCCAUAGUAAUAAAAAGUAAAACAUAUCCAUAUCCAUAACCUGAAGAGACAGAGAAGUGUGCGACUAGAACUCAGUCCUCAGUCAUUAUUUAUAUAGUGUUUUAAAAACUAUGUCUACAGAGAAUUGUGAGGAGUCUAUGCGAGAAACUGCAUUACGGCUCGCUGUAGAAGAAGAAAAUAAACGAAAGACUGAUCCGAAUGAAACUCACGAACGAUCCAUUAUUAUCCUUGGCAGCAAGGGAGUUGGUAAAACAACAAUGAUAUAUCGAUUUCUUGAAAAAGAUGAAAGACCAAAACCAACUAUAGCGAUGGAUUAUUCGUUUGGUCGCAAAACUGUAAAAAGUUUAGUGAAAAAUAUAGUUCACGUGUGGGAAGUGGGUUACAUGGCUUCUUCUUUGGUAUCUGUUGCAAUGAUGGGAUCCACGUUAACACAUUCUCCUCAUCAUACUGUAUUAUUAAUAAUGCUAGAUUUAUCGCGACCAGAGGAAUUGUGGUCUUCCUUUGAAGAAGCUCUUUCCGUAAUACGAAAUGGUUUAAAAAUGAGUUACGAUUCUGCUACGAUUCAAGAACUACAAGAUAAAAGGGCAGCAGAUAGAAAGAAAGAAUUGGAGCGUGGGGUUGACCCGUUUUUAAUGAAGAUUUGCAUCGUAGGUGGACGAUAUGAUGAAUUUAAGGAAUUUGAUUCCAGUAAAAAGGAAUUUAUUGGAAAGAUACUGAGAGCGAUAGCUCAUAAUCUGGGUGCAAGUCUUUAUUACUACUCCUCUAAAGAUAAAUUUCUCAUACGACGACUUAAAGAUCUACUAUCGCAUUAUGGAUUUGGUUCUCCAUUUAUGGAGGAUAAGUGCACAGAUUAUGAGAAACCGUUAAUGAUGCCGGCAGGCAUGGAUUCCUUUGGAAGAAUCGAUUUGCAAUUCCCCCAAACGAGACCAUCAGCAAUUUUAGAUACUAUCAAACAAAUCUAUGUCUUACGUAUACCGCAAAUGUCGAGGAGCGACGAAGGUACUUUGGAGGAUCCUAGUAACGACCCUAACUUUAACGAGCCUAUUAUCGAUAGAUUGAGAAUGCAGCGAGAAGAGGAAAUUAGUGUACUGUUGAAUGAUAUGAUGGAAGGUCGUAUGCCAAAAAUUCCGGUGCCCGAUCCAAUUUAGGGAGUACGUACGUUUUUAUGUAUUUUAUAUUACGAUUUUAAAGCAGAAAUAAUGUAUCUAGCAGUUUAUAUCAUGUUCUAUUGUAACCUAUAAUGUACAGAAUUAAUAAAGAAUUAUUUUAUCCACAAA